AUUUCGCACUUAUGAAUUGGACAAUUUUUCUUGCAAUUAGCAAUAGACCGAUUUACAUGAUUAUCACAGUCGAAUUUUGCACACGAUUUCUCUCAAGGAAAAUGAAGUGAAAAAGAAGGGCAAGAAGGAAAAUGAAGUCAAACUCAUAAGUUGAUUAAACUUAAAGCCACUCUAGUAUAUAUUUGUUAUAUAUAAUACAAAUUUUGUAACACUAAUACUCAAUAUUUAAUGACAUAUUGCCGGAAUGGCAGAAUAUUCACUUUCAAACCAAAAAGUGUGGAAACCUGAACUAUACAAAAUACAACUUGAAGCGCCCAUACCCAAAGCUAUUCCCUGUAGAAAUCUAAAUGAACCACGUCCAGAAUUUUAUGGUUAUGAAUAUCAUGGAACAAUUGAUCACAAAGAUUGCGAUGCUAAGCUUUCUAGUGAACCUGAUGGAUCAUAUUUAAUAAGGAAAAGUCCCGGGGCCGGAGAUUACUGGACGUUAAGUUUACGAUUCGAACAAAAAACAAAGCAUUUUAAAAUAUACUACACACCGGACAAAGGAUAUUUUUUAAAGGAAAAUUUUAAAAAAUUUGACAGUAUUCAUGAUUUAGUAGCUGAUGGACUGGUUGAUUUUUAUAUGCGUUUGCAUGCAGGGCCUAUAAUUCAGCAACUAUUAUGUCAAACGAAAAAUUGUUACGAACAAAGUCCAUAUAUGACCUUAAACCGUCGUAAACUUCGUGCAUUAUCUAGUGAAAUGCAAAAGUCAUCGAAAUUGUCGAUAUUGAAUGACGAUAUGCCAGCAGCAGAUGUUCCUGAUAGCUACGCAAGCAGAAUCGCGCUAAAAACGCAUAUAAACGAAGCAAACAAUGAAGACGUUUUACCUGAAAUUUACGAAAAAAAUCAUGUAUUUAAAACGCAUACGUUUAAAGGACUAAAUUGGUGUGAAUUUUGCGCUAAUUUCUUAUGGGGUUUCACAUCUCAGGGUGUUAAGUGCGAAGAUUGUGCAUUUGUUGCACAUAUCAAAUGUUCGGAGUUUGUUCCUUCAAAAUGUGUUCCUGACUUGAAGCGGCUACGUGGUAUUUUUGGUGUUGAUUUGACAACGCUAGUUACUGCUCAUAAGUGCAAAAUUCCAUUUAUUGUGAUCAAAUGUGUUGAAGAAAUAGAACACCAUGGUAUGCUACAAGAAGGUAUUUAUCGAAUUUCUGGAUUUGCUGACGAAAUUGAUGCGCUGAAAAUGGCACUUGAUAAGGAUGGAGAAAAGGCGGACAUGUCUGCGCUUGCCAAUAGUAAUGUAAACGUAAUUGCUGGAAUUCUCAAAUUGUACUUGCGACUUCUUCCUGUCUCUUUAAUUACGUUUCAAGCCUAUCCUGCCUUCAUGUACGCGAUGACUUUUAGAACCGUUGGUGAACAAGUACUUUCACUCCGUGAAGCAAUAAAACAAUUACCAUUAGCCCAUUUUAAUUGUUUAAAAUACAUACUAGAGCAUCUCAAUCGAAUCGCGUCACAUCAUGCCCUUAACAAAAUGAAUGUAUCUAACCUUGCUACCGUACUCGCACCAACUUUAAUAGCGACGCCACAACACAUGACAGAUUUAUCCCAAGAAAUCAGCAUGCUCACUGCCUUGAUUGAUCAUUACUAUGCGGUUUUCUUGUGAAGAUAUGCUCUUCACUAUAUAUGCAACAAUAGGAGUUCUAACACGAGUUAUCUCCAACGGUACUGGAUCAGAACACCAACCUAUGCAGAACGGCAUAUACAUGUGUUGAUAAUACCUGAAAUUCAACGGAAACGGACGGGUGCAUGUUAGGAACUAGCCAUUGGUGUAUAUAAGCAUAAUAGAGUUAAAUAAUCAAAGAGACGAGUCAGCCUAAAAAGUGUACUCCAGGUGGCGGAUAGGAGUUGAAAAUGAAAAACAGGGGUGAAAAAAGUCAUAUUUAUAUCUUGACUAGCUGACCCGACAAACUUCGUAUUGCCACAAAUUAAGCUGUGUUGUACAUAAAUCGUGAAUCUCGGAUGACCUUUCUCACAAUCUUGAGUUUUGCAAGUUUCUGGGGAGUUCAUGAGUGUUUUAAUAUACAAAUUUUCCUCACAAUAAAGUAGAAAACAACUCCCAUUGCUUAACCUGAUAAAAUAAAGCGGAUAGUAUUUAAAUAUUUGCCAUCAUUACAAACCAUUUCGCCGAAUAUCAUUUUGCGGAACACCAAUUCUCGGUUGACCAUAACGCGGAAUAUAGAAUUUCGCGAAAAACUUUUCGCGGGAUGUACCAUUUCACGGAAAAUCUUUUCGAAGAAAGUACUAUUUCGCAGGGGUGACCCAAUUGAAGGAAAGUAAUAGAGGUCAGUAGAUCCAGGAAAAUACAAAAACCUAGAUAGAGGUGAUCUCUACGGGGGCUGUCUCCCCGCAGUGGCCGGCGAAUCCGACGGCAAGUCGCCGGCAACACUCGCGGCCUGUGGCCGUCUCGCGCUGAAUUAACUAAUGUUACUAUUGAUAGUUUUUGGUUGUCUUGUUAUUGAUAAAUGCUUUAUAAAAAAGUCUAAAAUUUCUCGAG